AUGUCUAUCUUGUCAUUCUUUACUACUGCGCUAUUGCUGGCGUCGUACAGUAAUGCCGCACCUGUCGUUGAAGAGAAGAGGGCGAUCAAAGCCGAUCAACUUAGCACGUUCAAGCUAAUGGGACAGUACGCUGCUGCUGCGUAUUGUGCAAACAACUUUGUCUCUUCGGGAAGUCAGAUGAGCUGUCCAGGAGGUGAUUGUCCGCAGGUAGAGGCGGCUGAUGCUGCAACUGUGACCGCGUACUCUAGACUGGAUACCUCGACAGAUGUGACUGGCUACAUCGCUGUCGACCACACGAAUAAGCUGGUUGUUGUGUCAUUCCGUGGCAGUCUCACUGUUGAUGCAUGGGUCACCAACUACGAGUUCGACACUGUCGACUCCGACGUUUGCUCUGGAUGCACUGCGCACCGCGGGUUCUGGAACUCCUGGGUCAUCGCGCGCGACACUGUUAAUCCCGCAGUACAGCAAGCAUCGGCCACCUUCCCCAAGUACAAGAUCGUUGUUGUGGGACACUCGCUAGGAGGCGCUGUCGCGACUCUUGCAGCCGCCUCGCUGCGCAACUCUGGUUAUAAAGUUGCGUUGUAUAACUUUGGCUCGCCACGAGUUGGAGGGGCUAAAAUCAGCAACUACAUCACCAAUCAGUCAGGCGGCAACUUUCGAUUCACGCAUAGGAACGACCUUGUACCCAAAGUGCCGCUCAUGACUAUGGGCUAUAACCACAUCAGUCCGGAAUACUACAUCGAUACACCAAACCAACCGGAAGUUACGGCUCAAGACAUCAGUGUUUUCAAAGGAACAGCCAACCUCUUCGUGGGAAAUCAAGCUUCUCUGAUCUGGGACCCCGAGUCGCACCGAUGGUAUUUCGGCAGCCAAUACUAUUGCGAUGCGAAGAGUAAGCGAGGAACACUCAAGGUUCGAAAUGUGGAAGAAGACAUUGUCAUCUUGACCAGGUUCUAA